AUGGAAGAUGAAUUUGAAUGCGAAAGUGGUGAAGUUAAAUUUGAGUUUAUUGAGUUCGAAGGAUUGUGUAUAGAAUUUAUUGAAUUAACCGAAAUAUCUGAUGAAUUAAUAGAAUUAAAAGAAUUAAAAGAAAAAGUCGGAAUAGAAUCAGUAGAUGGAAUAGUAGGAACGAUUGUAUUAAAAUGA